AUGGAAACAUUGUCUCCUGAAGGAAGUUUCUGGAUAUUUGGAUAUGGUUCCUUGAUUUGGCACCCCCCGCCGAAAUAUGAUUUAAGCAUUCCAUGCUACCUUCGGGGAUAUGUUCGACGACUUUGGAUGAAAAGUGAGGAUCAUCGAGGUACCGUGGAGAAACCAGGGCGUGUGUUGACCCUGAUUCCUUACGAAGAAUGGGAAAAGUUUUCGGAUUGGGCUCAAACACCUUAUGAUGAAGGAUGCUGGGGAAUGGCAUUUCGUAUUCCUGCUCCCUUCGCAAAAGAAAUCAGAGCAUACUUGGACGAUCGAGAAGUCAAUGGCUACACUGCUCAUGAUGUCCCUGUGUAUGCUCACAUUGGAGAUAAAAAACCUAUCCUUGAACAUUGUCUCGUUUACGUGGGCACUUCAAAUAGUCCCCAGUUCCAACCGUCAGAAACAAUUGAGGAAUUAUCAGAUCUUAUUUCUACCCGGAAAGGAAAAAGUGGACCUAACUAUAUCUACCUUUUUGAGCUUGCCAAUGCUCUUCGCCAUCUUUCACCUGAGUCUAAAGAUACCCAUGUGUACAAAUUAGAAGCAGCAGUCAAAAAUAAGCUUCAAAUGCUGUAA